CCCGCCGAAAACCUUCAGCGCGACGCAAGCAUUGCAAAACCUACAACUGAGAGAUGAGGUGAAAAUGGGAAAACGACUGGCCCCCGAGGCCGACUCCAAACCGUCCUACGAAGCGCAUCACCAAAAAAGACAGCGCGUCGAAAAUUCCGCAGAGAGGAACUCACCACGGCCCGCACCUCAGGUCGAAGAAAUCACCUCCGCAUACCAGUUGCAGAAGGCGCUGGCGAGCAACCCUUCUGGAUACCGCAAUGGCUUGCAAACCCUGAAGAAGUUCUUGGACUCCAUUCUUUACACAAACGACGAAGAGAGCUUGCCGCGCAAACGAGCCAUUCUCCGCGAAUACCUUGACACCCAGAAAAAAGAGGGACGUGAGGACAAGGAUACUACUUUUCUACCUUUCAUAUUCCAGGCCUGGGAUUAUGCUGUCGAGACAGAUCUGGAGAGCUUGCAGACGCAAGUGCCUGCUGUUCUGGCGCUGCUGCUGAAAGUUUUCUCCAGCCACGAGGACUUGCAGAGCUAUGGCACACUUCUCUGCAAAGUGACCUUGAGAUCGACUCUGAUCAAGCGUCUUAAUCGAAGCCUUUCGGCUCCACAAUCGAAGGAAGCUAUCAUCUCGCCGGUACUUCGACUGCUCACCGAGCUCACCAAGUUCAAUGAAGGUGCAUACGCCAGGGCGGUAUAUGCGAAGAGAGAUUUCACUCUGGAGUACAAGACGCUGGGCAGGAACAUUGGACUUUGGAAAGACAUGAAAGAAGACAACGAACCCGCUAUUAGGAAGCCGUCAAUCCGCGUGAACGCGGUUCGUUAUCUUCUCGCGCAUCUCAAAUACCAAGAUGAGAUUGCUAAGACGGAGAUUCUGUCCAACUCGAUAAUCAUACGGCCACUGUUUGAUUAUCUCCAGUUCGACCACCCCUCGUUGAUAUUCGAGAUUCUGGAUGUCAUGAAGACCCAUGUCUUCCAGGACAAGACGAUCCCACGCCAUACUAAGAACCGCAUUCUCACCGGCAAAGUCUUGUCGCAUAUUGCCAACCUCUAUAGAUACAAACAUGCGGAAGGUUCUCUACCAGAAGGCCAUAAAGCGCCGGAUGAGCUCGGUCAUGACUUCUUGUGCUUGGUAUGCACUUCACCCGCGUUCGGCGUAAUGUUGCCUUCGCCCGGCUUUUAUCCUCCCGCCAACCAGGACGAAGAUGGUGAUCAGGUUAUGGACGAUGCCAUUGACCUACCGGGAGAGCUGGGACUCGACCAAUACGAUGCUACCCACGGCAAAGCUCAAGUCCGCAACGUUGUCCUCGCAGAUUUCAUCCGGACAUUGAAGCCUCAUUCCAACAAGUUGCAACAGGAUCUUAUGCUUGCAAUCUUCAAUGCCUGCCCAGAACUAGUAGCCAACUAUUUCACGCAUAAAGAAGCUUUCCCAUAUGAUCCGAAGCUCACGUCUACCUGGAUUGGAUUUUCGUCUUUCCUUUAUCAGACAAUCGAGCUGCCCGUGCCGUCAUAUCUUGGAGGUAAACGCGGCUAUCGUGAAUAUGCCCCAGCCAUCUCGACGGUCAUCCAGAGUAUUCUGCCUCAACCUCUAACACAGCAAGUGUUGACGACCUGCUUGAACAUGAAGUCCGAUUUGGUCAAUUUCUUCGCCGUCCGUGUGAUGACUGUUGCGUUCUACAAGCUCAGAGCGGUCCUCCGGGAGUUCAGUCAGGCGUCGCAAAUGAAGACCUCCAAAACCUGGGUGCAGUCUCAAAGCCGUUUGGUGACCGAGUUCAGCCAGCGAUGCCCCUUGAUGCGGACAGUCAUUCUGGCUUUCAAACGGCCGAAUUUCCAGAAGGGAAUGAUGCGUGAGGCCAUCACGCGAUUACUAAGACUAUACUAUGAAGUCACACCCCAAGUUGCGCUGCAGGAGAAGUUCGACAUCUCAGUCUCACUUUGUAAUGCGCUUCUUCAGGCCGAGCAGCCUUCGGAGACACCAGAGGAUAAAGCUUUUCGUGUGAUGGAACUUGAGCAUUGGAUACAGAUGGCAAGACAGUCUUCCACAAUCCGAUGGUGGUCAAAAGACAAAUCACUACAACACUCGCCCUUUAUAACUUUGUUGAAUCUAGUCGCCAAGUCGUCGGAGAACGAGUUGUACACGGGAAUCAAGAGCUUGUUGGUUGCGAUCUUGCAGGAUCACGAGAUGCUUCAGAUGAAUACUCAUCCGGACGCCCUCGACGCCCUCAUUGCUAGUCUGGGCGCAACAUACGGCUCUUCGGGGUCAUCGGCUCAGAUCUUGGAUUUCCUUGACAAUUCCUUUGCAAUGUUCGUCAAGAAGCCUAUCAAGUAUUUUGAUGACCUCGAUGCAAUGAAGGCUCGCCUUACGGAUCCUCCCUUGCCAGCCGGACAUUUCAGUCCUCUACUCAUGACCUUGGUGGAACAAUGGCCCUUCAAGGGUGGCAAGCCGGAGAAGGGCAAUCCAGCCGAACCGCUAGCACAAUGGCUUUCCAAGCUGUUGUAUCUACUGAAGCUAAUUGGCGAAGAUGAGGCUCUGUUAGUCGCGGUCCGUGAUGCCCUAGUUGCAUCGGCGGACAAGGCCUAUCAAGAAGUCCUCAAGGAUUCAUUCCAGUGGAAGCUAGGCAAGGAGCAGGCAAAACAGGCAUUGAAGCUUGCCACGGGUGUCGAUUUCAGUGGCUCUGAGCGCUCAAGCACGUCUCCAAUUCCUAUCGAGAAGAAAAAGGCGAAGCCAGAGCCAUUACAAGAAAUCAACCUUGAGCUACCACCUGAGGAAGACGAGAAGCAUGCUGGUCUCAAUCGCUGGAGAAAGAAAGACAUUGACGAGGCUGUUGAAGAUGGCGACAUUGGCGAGCUAUUGUUGUGCCUCUGCUCCAAGCAUACUGAAAUCCGCAUUCAAGCUGUGAGCAGCAUUCGCCAAUUAAUCGCCCAUAUCACUGCUAGCAAUGAUGCCGACUUUCUGCAGCUCAGGAUUCUCCUUGGUGCUGCAGUCGAAACGGCUCAAUCAGUCAUUUCAUCUGAGCCGUUCCCUUACAUCGGAGGCGUUUUCGCUGCACGAGCUGUUCGCGUCAUAGCUGACCCAACUCAUUUUAUGUUUGGAAAGAUCAACAACUUCCUACUGAAGGGACCGAAUUGGACAGUGGCCAACCUGCCGCGCUACUUUGGAAGAGUCACCAUCAACAGCGAACCGGACGUCGAUGGCUCGUAUCAUACCGAAGUCGAUUGGUACCUGGACUACCUGAUCGACGCUCUCCGAACUGAACAGGACAUGGAAAUCCUCAGGACGAAGAACGUAUUCGAAAGACUUCUCUCAUACUACCUAUCGGCGUCUUGCGCCGUGUCAGCUAAGGAGAAGAUUGUGCGACUAUUGCUACGAGCAGUCUCUGUCGGUGGGAGUACCACUCUCAUUAAGCGCUGUGGUGUAGUGAGCUGGAUUCAGAUGCGGCUGCAGAACAAUGAUCACCGACAAAGAUCAUUGAAGAUUUUGGCAACUCGUAUUUGGGAGAAUUGCGACCAAGAACAGGUGGAGCAAUGGAGUAGCAAGACGUUGCAGCCCGCGUUGGCAUUGAUGGUUAAGGCGAAUUAGUACCGCCGAAGUAGAUAUUCGAUAGUUCGGAGGAAUUGGGCAGCAUGUGUCUCACGGACAAUUGGCCGCAUUGAACAU